GGAAGGGUCUGCGCAUGCGCACUGGGUUUGGCCGCUCCCUGCCAGCCGCUCGGUCCCUCAGUCCCAGGAUGUCUAAGAACACGGUGUCCGUUCGAUUCCGUAGGGUGGAUGUGGACGAAUAUGACGAGAACAAGUUCGUGGACGAGGAGGAGACAGGAGAAGGACAGCAGGGACCGGACGAGGGGGAGGUUGACGGCGCUAUCCGAGGAGGAAACAUGAUGGGCGCUCUGCAAGCUGCGCUGAAAAACCCACCUAUUCACGCGAAGAACCAGUCCGCUAAGGAUCGUGCUGAGAGUUUAGUGCUGAAAGUUCUUAUUUCCUUCAAACCUAACGAAAUAGAGAAAGCUGUUCAGUCGCUAGAUAAGAGUGGCGUUGACCUGCUCAUGAAAUACAUCUACAAGGGAUUCGAGAGUCCGUCAGACAACAGCAGUGCUGUCCUGCUACAGUGGCACGAAAAGGCUUUGGCGGUGGGUGGCGUGGGCUCUAUAGUCAGAGUUCUGACUGCCAGAAAGACAGUUUGAAUGUUCAUCUGGUCGUGAUACGGAAGAGCUGGUGCCAAGACCAAAUCUUUGUGCUACAGCCAAACUGUGCACAGCAAAUCCUUUAAUUAUUUGCUGCCAUGUUUCUAUUCUUCCCAGUAUUUCUCUUCAGCUUUCAUUUUUGAUACUUUCUGAAUAAUGCAGUACAUGUGAGUCAUGUGCUGUGUGGGUGCAGUGCUCUGUUUUGUAGGAGUGUUAAGUUAUGCAUAUGUCAAUACAUGCCAUGAAUGAGCUGGGCUCUCUAUAAGUAACACCCUCCCCCGACACAUAUAUACAGAUUGGAAAUUGAGGCAUUUGCAAUGCUCCCUCCACCUAUAUAAAUCUUCCUGCAAUUUAAACCACCUUUCAAAAUUCCCUUGGCCAUCAACAUGGCCUCUCCCUUUAAAUCCUAUAAAAUCAUGUCCUGCUUUACUAGGGUGACAUUUUGCAAUCUGUGGCUUUUCUAUCACUAAACAGAGAGACAUAUCUUGGUUUAGUUAGUUUAAUCCUGGUCGAACUUGGAUUUCAUUUGCUUUCAACUCCCUCAGGGCUCAAAUGUGUAAAAGGGAUAUCUCCUGCGAGAUAGCUGAAAGCGCUUUAUUUGCAAUUAAUAUGAUCUUGGAUAGCUUUGCACAAACCUACCUAAAGCUACAAAAAGCUGGGCUUUUCUGAUGCCAUGCAGUCAGGAUCCACAAAGUAACGUUGCUCUUUACCUAAGUUGUGGCUGACAUACGUUUGUAUUUUUUAGACUUUAGUCUUCCAAAUUGAUAGAAAUAUAUAAUAUAUAUAUGAACAAUAAAAUAAUUUUUGUGGACCCUCUCGACACACGGGCUGUUUAGUAGUGUGCUGUGGUAUGUUGGACAUAUACAGAAGAAAUUGACUAAAUUUGAGAAAAAAAAUGCUUGGGCACAGAAGAGAUGGUGGAAUCUAAUAUAUUGAAAGUGCAAUGUCCCUCGCAAGAGUCAUUCUUUUGGAUAUGUAAUUUAUUUUUUAAAAGUUUCAUACGUAAGUAGCAAAAUGUUCCUGUGGAAUAUAAUCUACUUGCACUGGACACGUUUAUACAAAGUAGCAAAUGUGUACCCAAAUCUCUUACUAUACAUUCAUUUUCUAAGCAAGGUACACACAUCAAUACAGGGCAGCGCAAUACUUGUGUUUGUAGUUCAUUCUCUGCUGUAAGUAGUAACACAAAUUUAACAGAAAAAUUGCUCUGAUGUAAAAUAAGUAUUCUUGUUUAAAAAAACAUUAUACUCCACUUUUCUUCCAUCUAGAAAUGGUCAUUUAAACAUGUGAAGCUUUCCCCUCACUAGAGCUCUGUGGGCUUUACUGAUUAGCCAGUCAGCAUGAAUACAGCAGUAUUAGUUGUACCUUUCCUGAGUUUCAGUUUAAACAUUUGCAUUGCCCUUUUUUCAUGCAGAAACAUGUUUAACUUAUAAUGGCCCCUGUUUCAUACAAGUGAUAAAACAUUUCAGACUACAAUGUCUCCUUCAUUUAAAAUGUCUUGUUUAAAUCUGCCAUGAUCAGUUCUGCAUUAACUGCUAAUAAUUUCUGUUAGUAACGUUAAGUCUGACAAUCCUCCAGAAGUAUUUCAAGUACACAACAGGAACACAACCUCUACUCAGUUUAGGGGAUGAAGAGAUUCAUAUUUAGCUCCAAGAUCCGAUCUAUUUAGGUAGGUACCUGUUAAGCCACUGCAGGUCUCCUCUUUUUCUGCAGAGCAGAUUACAUAAAGGGACUUGCCCAAGUUUUUUUUCAAGGACAGGUGGGGGGACGGCAUGCUGGAAAUAACCCUUCAACAAGUUUAUGCAAAAGGGUGAGGCCUUAUCCAGUACUGUGCUUGAGGGGCCCGUGCAUUACAGGGUCUCAUAGCACUGAAGAAGUUAAACUUUGCUAUGUUUUUUUUACAGAAUUAAUAAUAAAAAAAAAAAAGUUGAUUUGGA